AUGGCGACUCAUCAGAUUCCGAUGGAUCCGCCGAGGUUCCUGUUCGUUCCGGCGCGACCGCUCGUCUGCGGACUCGCCAUUUUCGGCGCCGUCCGCAGUUUUGUUCAGUUUUGGAUGGCCGAGUCAUGGGGCAUCGGCGUCUCGCACGUCUCCGUCUUGCUCCUUGACCUUUUGCUUCUGUUCGGCGCGUACAAGAACGAUGUGUUCGCGUUGAAGUGGUCGCAGAGAGUUGUGGUCAGUUUAUCGAUUGAUUGACUAGAGUUCAGAAAACCUAAAAAGGUAGUAGCGCUUUAAGGCGCUGUAUCUCAGCUGCUGGUCGAGAUAUCAAAAAGUCGUCAACUAAAAUAUUGUUUAUCAAAACAUUUUGCACAUUUCAUCAGUUGAAAACUUUUUGAUAUCUCUACCCACAACUGACAUACAGCGUUUUGAAUAAACGCUAACUUUCUUUCCUCUAGUGCUCUAUUGCAAGUCUAUUCAAACAGCUGUAUCUCAAGUGUUUGUAGAGAUAUCAAAAAGUGGUCAACUAACAAAAUGUGCAUAAUUUUUUGAUAAACAAUUUAUUAGUUGACAACUUGUUGAUAUUUCUACUUGCAGCUGAGAUAUAAUGGCUUAAAUGCACGUUGGUUGAAAAAAUACUUUUUUUCAGUUCGCGUGUGUCAUCAUCGCCCUGAUCCGAUUCCUCGUUUACCCGGUGGUCUUUGCCAGUUUCAUGGCCUCGGGUCUUUCGUUGAAUAGGACCGCCGGCCACGGACUCUCGCCCGAUGAGGUCGAAAUCAUCGCGAACGUUUCGACUCCCGAGCAGCAUUUCGUGUUGGGACUCAUCUCCGGAUUCACUUUGGAGCUCGCCACUGGACUUUCUAUUGGAGGUAUCCACUUAAAAGCGUUUUAGUUGAAAAGAGCGUCAAAAGUUGCCCUAGGCAGCAUUAUUUUCGAGGCUAAAUUAGAGUUUAGAGAGUAGAACCCUCACUUAAUGGAUACUGUUUUGAAAAUCGAUUAUAACUCAAAAACUAAAAAGUUUCAAAUAAUAUUGUCAACUACAAAGUUGUUCAGCAUAAAAUUUCCAACAUUUUUUCAGUUGACCACUUUUUGAAAUAUACAAUAGUUGUUGAGAUAUGAACCUUAGAAGUUACAGCCACUUAUUUCCAAUCUGAAAAUGUGUAUUUCAGUGGAAUGCCUCAAGUACUUGAUGGUGCAUCGUCUGUGGGAGUACGCAAAAGCGACGGAGGCGGUCAAUUCGGGGCGAUACGUCAUUCCCUAG